CCGGAGAAAAGGAAUGAAAGGAACCUCUUCUCUCUGAAAUAAAAUGCAAGCACCGCUGGAAUGUGGUGGAGCCCGCUCACAGGCCAGGGUUUGUCGCUUAAAAUGUUAGAACUACUGGUUUCUUCUGGAUGAUAAGAUUCCUUAGAACAAAAUUUCUCCGUGGUGUGUGAAUUCCUUGAUAGUGCUUGGAAUUUUUUGUGAAUGUGUGAGUUUUGGGGGGCGAUAGGGCCAAUGUUGGUGUGUAGGGGUGUUCGGGGAGAGUUAGUUCAUUUGUUCCACAUUUCCCCAGUACCCCCCAACCAGCUUCCGGCCGUCACCCCUCACUCCCUAUUGGUGUUGGUAUUAGGAGACCUGCACAUCCCACACCGGUGCAACAGUUUGCCAGCUAAAUUUAAAAAACUCCUGGUGCCAGGAAAGAUUCAGCACAUUCUCUGCACUGGAAACCUUUGCACCAAAGAGAGUUAUGACUAUCUCAAGACCCUGGCUGGUGAUGUUCAUAUUGUGAGAGGAGACUUCGAUGAGAAUCUGAAUUACCCAGAACAGAAAGUUGUGACUGUGGGACAGUUCAAAAUUGGUCUAAUCCAUGGACAUCAAGUUAUUCCGUGGGGAGAUAUGGCCAGCUUAGCCCUGUUGCAGAGGCAGUUUGACGUGGACAUUCUUAUCUCAGGACAUACACACAAAUUUGAAGCAUUUGAACAUGAAAAUAAAUUCUACAUUAAUCCAGGUUCUGCCACUGGGGCAUAUAACGCCUUGGAAACAAAUAUUAUUCCGUCAUUUGUGUUGAUGGAUAUCCAAGCUUCUACAGUGGUCACUUAUGUCUAUCAGCUAAUUGGAGAUGACGUGAAAGUAGAACGAAUUGAAUACAAAAAAUCUUAAAGCCAGGCCUGUCUUCAUGAUUGUGUUUGUUCUUCAUUCCCUUGUUCAAGUAAUUAAACAUUUAAGAGCCACACAACUGUAUCGUUUAUAAUAGUUUGCAGUAAAAUACAUCUUCUCUGUUAGUACAUAUUGCUCUAUGCUUCUUGUAAACUAUAAGAAUAUAUUUAGUUUACAUUAUAGUAUAUGGCUUAUGAAAAAACUCACCACACAGUAAAUGGUCACAUGUUAAGAAAAAUUUAUCCUUAUACUAUAGUAGCUUCAAAGUUGGUAUUUGGACUUUAUUACAAAAUAAUGCAUGAAGAGAAAGAAUCUAGACUUUCUGUAUACAUUUUUCUCUUCUCCAAUACUAAAUGUUUACCUUUCAUUUAUAAUUUCU